UGAAGGACUAUUAGAGUUUCAAAUUAAAGUGCAGGGACUAUUUUUAUACAAAUCCCAAGCAUAAGGGACUAAAUUGGACUUUUACUCUUAAUUGUAUCGAGCAGAGAGUAUCAUCUUCAUACAAUACAAUCUCCCUGUUCGCUUCCCCCUUUUUGCCAUCUUACAGAGGUUCCGCUGUUUCAUGACCAAAACCUCUACUGAUUUUUUCUGUUCGAUCUCCAUUUCUUCGCUCUCUGUCUCAAUUCACACAAAAAUCAAUUCCAACUUGUAAGAUCUCUGCACCCGGCCGUUCUGGAUUUCCCCUUAGUUUGAUCUCACUCUGAUCUUUAGGGCUCUUCAAUUCACGGAUCCCUGAUUCAUUCAAUUCUUCCAGAAAGUUCUGUAUUCAUCACUCAAAAUGCCUCUGAGGUUGGAGAUUAAGAGAAAACUUGCUCAAAGAUCGGAACGGGUAAAGUCCGUGGAUCUACAUCCUUCGGAGCCAUGGAUAUUGACAAGUUUGUAUUCAGGGACUGUUUGCAUCUGGAACUACCAGACCCAGACAAUGGUAAAAUCUUUUGAAGUUACUGAAUUACCAGUUAGGUCAGCUAAGUUUAUACCACGCAAGCAAUGGGUUGUUGCUGGUGCUGAUGACAUGUUUAUUCGUGUUUACAAUUACAACACCAUGGAUAAAGUCAAAGUAUUCGAGGCACACACAGAUUAUAUUAGGUGUGUGGCUGUCCAUCCUACACUACCUUAUGUACUGUCAUCAUCUGAUGACAUGCUAAUAAAGCUCUGGGAUUGGGAGAAGGGAUGGUUAUGCACUCAAAUAUUUGAAGGUCAUUCCCAUUAUGUGAUGCAAGUCACCUUUAAUCCAAAAGACACCAAUACUUUUGCUAGCGCGUCCCUUGAUCGGACUAUAAAGAUCUGGAACCUUGGCUCUCCUGAUCCAAACUUCACUCUGGAUGCUCAUCUUAAAGGAGUUAAUUGUGUAGACUAUUUCACUGGGGGUGAUAAACCCUAUCUAAUUACUGGUUCUGAUGAUCACACUGCUAAGGUGUGGGACUAUCAGACAAAAAGUUGUGUCCAGACUCUUGACGGCCACACACACAAUGUCUCAGCUGUAUGUUUUCAUCCUGAUCUUCCAAUUAUAAUUACAGGUUCUGAAGAUGGUACUGUUCGUAUAUGGCACGCAACCACUUAUAGACUUGAGAACACUUUGAAUUAUGGUCUUGAAAGAGUAUGGGCAAUUGGUUACAUGAAACACUCAAGGAGGGUUGUAAUUGGUUAUGAUGAGGGAACCAUCAUGGUAAAACUUGGUCGAGAAGUACCUGUUGCCAGUAUGGAUAACAGUGGAAAAGUUAUAUGGGCUAAGCACAAUGAAGUUCAGACUGUUAACAUCAAGAGUAUCGGGGCAGAUUAUGAAGUCGCUGAUGGAGAGAGACUGCCUUUGGCUGUCAAGGAAAUGGGAACUUGUGACCUCUACCCACAAAGCUUGAAGCAUAAUCCAAAUGGAAGGUUUGUCGUUGUUUGUGGAGAUGGAGAAUAUAUCAUAUAUACCGCUCUGGCUUGGAGAAAUAGGUCAUUUGGCUCAGCUCUGGAAUUUGUUUGGUCUUCGGAUGGAGAAUAUGCUGUGAGGGAAAGUACUUCAAAGAUUAAGAUCUUCAGCAAAAAUUUCCAGGAGAAGAAGAGUAUUCGGCCUACUUUCUCUGCUGAGCGCAUCUAUGGUGGUACUUUAUUGGCAAUGUGCUCGAAUGAUUUCAUUUGUUUCUAUGAUUGGGCUGACUGCAGGUUGAUACGGCGAAUCGAUGUUAAUGUCAAAAAUCUAUACUGGGCCGACAGUGGUGAUCUGGUGGCAAUUGCUAGUGAUACAUCAUUCUACAUACUUAAGUACAAUCGAGAUGUGGUCUCUGCACAUUUAGAUAGUGGAAGAUCAGUAGAUGAACAAGGUGUUGAAGAAGCUUUUGAACUUCUUAACGAGAUAAAUGAACGGGUCCGGACUGGAAUUUGGGUUGGGGAUUGCUUCAUUUACAAUAAUUCUUCCUGGAGACUUAACUAUUGUGUUGGGGGUGAGGUGACCACAAUGUUUCACCUUGACCGGCCCAUGUACCUGCUCGGAUACCUAGCUAAUCAGAGCAGAGUUUUUCUGAUUGACAAGGAGUUUAAUGUGGUGGGAUAUACUCUACUCCUUGGCUUGAUUGAGUACAAGACACUUGUGAUGCGUGGCGACUGGGAUAGAGCAAAUGAGGUCUUACCAUCAAUUCCUAAGGAGCAUCACAACAGGUAUAUUGCUUGUUUAACUCUUUAUGAUGGGCUUUUCUAGGGAACAUUACAAAUA